AUGGACAAACCCAGUUUUAGGGUAAUCAUCGUCGGCGGCUCUAUCGCCGGCUUGACUCUCGCACAUUGUCUGAGACAGGCGAACAUCGACCAUGUCGUUCUCGAGAAAGGUGAAGACGUUGCGCCUCAACUCGGAGCUUCCGUUGGGAUCUUCCCAAACGGAGGUCGAAUACUCCAACAGUUAGGGCUGUUUGAUGAAGUCGAAGCAUUGGUUGACCCUAUACGUGUGAGCAACACCACUUUCCCCGACGGGUUCAUGUGUCGUUCGCUGGUGUCUGAGCGUCUAGAAGAAAGAUUUGGGUUUCCUGUGGCGUUUCUAGAUCGGCAGAAGCUUCUCGAUAUACUGUAUAGAAACUAUCCCGACAAGACCAACAUCAUCACCGGGACAAAAGUGACGGAAGUUCGCAAGGUAGACAACGGCGUUUGUGUGAGCACUGAUGAUGGGACGCUGUAUCACGGCGACCUCGUCGUCGGGGCAGAUGGAGUCCACAGUCGGAUACGGUCUGAGAUGUGGCGUUUGGCAGGUGCUGCUCGCAAAAGUGUCGCCAAGGAGAAGGAGAACAUGACCGUCGAAUAUUCUUGUAUCUUUGGCAUCUCAUCCGUUGAAACAGGCCUUGAAACUGGCGCAAUGCUUCAGGCCCUUCGAGACGGACUCACCGUUCUCACAAUCCGCGGAAAAGACAACCGCAUCUUCUGGUUCAUCAUACAAAAACUGGGCCAGAAAUAUGUCUAUCCGGAUUGUCCUCGGUUCUCGCUCGACGACGCAGCGGAGGCUUGCGCCCAGAUUGCAGAUGUCCAACUCUACAAAGACCUGCAUGUGCGGGAUCUUUGGAAGACGCGACUAGUUGCGUCAAUGACGGCACUGGAGGAAUUCCUGCUGCAGACGUGGCAUUAUGACCGGAUCGUGCUGCUUGGAGACAGCGUUCACAAAGUAUUGUUCCCCAUUGACCUUUCUGCUGCUUCCCCGGUAUACGCUAACACUGUUCAGAUGGCGCCGAACUUUGGGCAAGGGGCAAAUUGCGCUAUAGAGGACGCAGCGAUUCUCGCCUCCCUUCUGCACGAACUGGUCAACGUGAACAGCACGAGUCAGCCUACAGACCAGCAAAUCGACAACGUUCUCACGGAGUAUCGUAAACAGCGGCACGAGCGGGCGAGCAAUAUAUGCAACACGUCAGCGAUGACUACGCGAGUUCAGGCCCGGGAUGGUCUCUUCAAGAAGUUUCUUGGCCGGUACUAUGUCCCUCGUGCGGAUAAGUUGGGGGCUUAUGUCAUGUCCAAAUUCUUUGCCGAUGCGCCGGCUCUGGGGUUUCUUCCUCUGCCCGAACGGUCCGGCUCGGGAUGGACUACGUAUAGAACUGAGAAGCGAUGGAUAGCUUGGGCCAGUGGACUUGCAAAGAGUGCGUUUGCGGGUCUCCUAGGCUGUAAUGAUCAUGUGGAAUCUCUAUAA